GCCCCCCGAGAGGGCGCCUGGGAAGAGGCGGAGAACAAUAUGGCGGAUGGCGAGGAGCCGGAGAAGAAAAGAAGGAGAAUAGAGGAGCUGCUGGCUGAGAAAAUGGCUGUUGAUGGUGGGUGUGGGGACACUGGAGACUGGGAAGGUCGCUGGAACCAUGUAAAGAAGUUCCUCGAGCGAUCUGGACCCUUCACACACCCUGAUUUCGACCCGAACACUGAACCUCUCCGGUUUUUGUUUGAGACAUGUAAAGUUCUGGUCAUUGGAGCUGGCGGCUUAGGAUGUGAGCUCCUCAAGAACCUGGCUUUGUCUGGUUUUAGACAGAUUCAUGUCAUAGACAUGGACACUGUCGAUGUUUCCAAUCUCAAUAGGCAGUUCUUAUUUAGGCCCGGAGAUGUUGGAAGACCCAAGGCUGAAGUUGCUGCAGAAUUUCUAAAUAACAGGAUUCCUAAUUGCAAUGUAGUUCCAUAUUUCAACAAGAUUCAAGACUUCGAUGACACCUUUUAUCGACAAUUUCACAUUAUUGUCUGUGGACUGGAUUCCAUCAUUGCCAGAAGGUGGAUAAAUGGCAUGCUGAUAUCUCUUCUGAACUAUGAAGAGGAGGGGUUAGAUACACGCUCCAUUGUCCCUUUGAUAGAUGGGGGAACAGAAGGUUUUAAAGGAAAUGCCCGGGUGAUUCUGCCUGGAAUGACUGCUUGUAUUGAAUGCACGCUGGAACUUUAUCCACCACAGGUUAAUUUUCCCAUGUGUACCAUUGCGUCUAUGCCCAGGCUACCAGAGCACUGUAUCGAGUAUGUAAGGAUGCUGCAGUGGCCGAAGGAGCAGCCUUUUGGAGACGGAACGGCAUUAGAUGGGGAUGACCCUGAACACAUUCAGUGGAUUUUCCAAAAGUCCUUAGAGAGAGCAUCGCAGUAUAACAUUACGGGUGUGACGUACAGACUCACUCAAGGAGUAAUAAAACGAAUCAUUCCUGCAGUAGCUUCCACAAAUGCAGUCAUAGCAGCUGUAUGUGCCGCUGAAGUUUUUAAACUAGCCACAAGUGCAUACAUUCCUAUGAAUAAUUACUUGGUAUUCAAUGAUGUAGACGGACUGUACACAUAUACAUUUGAAGCAGAGAGGAAGGAAAACUGCCCAGCUUGUAGUCAACUUCCUCAAAACAUUCAGUUUUCUCCAUCUGCUAAACUACAGGAAGUUUUGGAUUAUCUAACCAACAGUGCUUCUCUGCAGAUGAAAUCUCCAGCCAUCACAGCCACAUUAGAGGGAAAAAAUAGAACACUUUAUUUACAGUCAGUAACCUCUAUUGAAGAACGAACAAGGCCAAAUCUUUCCAAGACAUUGGAAGAGUUAGGCCUUGUUGAUGGACAAGAGCUAGCAGUUGCUGAUGUCACCACCCCACAGACUGUCCUCUUCAAACUGCAUUUUACUUCUUAAGGAGAAGCAAUCUGCACAAGUACAGAAAACUUCUGGAAACAGUAUAUUCGGGAAUGUUAAGGAAUUUAGUUGAUAUCCUUUUUAGCAUUAGUGCAAAUGGAAUCCGACGUUUUUUAAAUGUAAUGAACCACUCUUUUUUAACUUAAAAAUUUUCUCUUGAUUUAUUUGGGCAUGAAGCUCAUAAACAUUGUUAACAAAAUGGGGAGAUGAUGCCUGAAGAGAAAGAUUAUGAGCAACUGUACUGCUUCUUGAUGAGGAGGCAAACACUCUUUUAUGUUUGAAUUUUUUUAUUAUGGUCAAAGAAUAUAAUCCUUUGUUUUCAGUUGAGCACGCCCCCCC